UUACUUGAUGGCAAAGAAGAGGUCAAAGAAUUAUUAGAAGUAGUAGAAUAUCUUACACAAGAAAAGGAUGAACAAAUUGGACCAGACGAUGUGGUAGAUGUGUUUAGGGGUGGAAAAACUGCGAAAAUCAAACAAAAAAAAUGGGAUACUUUGCCAGUAUACCCAACCGAAAGAAGAAAGAUAUUAAAAACGAAAGAGUUGGUUACUUGA